CUUAAGCGGUACAGAAGCAUAAGUUACUAUUCUAUUGUUUGUACUUAUAUACCUUAAAAAUGAAGCUGUGGAUCGCUUUUGCAUAUUUAGCAAUCAACGUCUGUUUAACAUGCAGGGUUAAAAUCAAGAUGGAUAUUUUUUACGAAUCGCUGUGUCCGGAUUCGAUUAGAUUUAUAAGUGAACAACUUGGCCAAAAUUAUCAGAGUUUUAAGGAUAAUUUGGACAUAACUUUCUUGCCUUUUGGAAAAUCAAACAGUUACCAAAACCAAUUGGGAGGAAUUGAGUUCGAAUGCCAGCACGGAGCUGAUGAAUGCUUUGGAAAUAAAGUACAAGGUUGUAUGCUCAGUCGUAUGCCACAUCAAGAUACACAAGUAUCGUACGUUACAUGUCAAAUGCAAGUCGGUGCAGACCGAACGCAUAAGGCUUGUGUAGAGGCUUUCGGUGUUUCGUGGGACGAAAUUUUGCAAUGCGUUCAAAGUGAUUUUGCAACUAAGCAGCAACUAGGAUUUGAACGUAUAAGUGGCCCAGUUUUACAAAAUACUAGAUGGGUUCCAACAAUUGCUUAUAAUGGUCAAAUUACUGAAUACUCACACAGUGGAAACAGCCCACCGUUGAAGGAUGUUUUGUGUUAUUAUUGCUCAAACAGCAACCCAGCUUGCCAACAGCAUUAAAAUGAUUCUUGGCUUUAUAUUAACGGAUUUUUGGAUACAGAAAUGGAUUAGAGAAAUUUGUGAACCGAUUCAUUUUGAUAACGUGCUUAAAAAUUAAUCUAGACUCUAGAGUAAUACCUUCAAGGACAAAAGUUUCUUGUACUCAAACAGAUACGACAAUAAGUUAAGUGUAAAUUAGUACAAUCAGUAAUGAUUAAUAUUCAGUAAAAUACGUAAAAUCAAUAAAUUUUUGGAUGCUCCAGAAGUUGAUGAUUU